AUGAUCAUCUCCGCCGGGCCGCUGUCGAUGGAAGUGGCCGACGCGCCUCCGUCCGACGGCGAGAUGCCCAAGACGCCGGCGCCGGCGCCCGUGCCGCUGUCGGCGGCCCCGUCGUCAGCCGGGCGCCGCGCCGCCGGCCGGCCCGCUCCGCGCCGAGACGCGGAUGGCUCGGCGCCCGGGGCCAACCCGCACGGCGGCUACCACUGCUCCUACUGUGGCAAGUACUUCAGCAGCCGCAGCAACAUGGUCGUCCACGAGCGCACGCACACCCACGAGCGGCCGUACACAUGCAGCUACUGCGGGCGCACGUUCUCGCAGCACGGCCAGAUGGUCAUCCAUGUUCGAUCGCACACCGGACAGAGGCCCUUCAAGUGCAGCCACUGCGACAAGGCGUUCACCUCCAGCAAGGUGCUCAAAAUCCACGUGAGGACACACACCGGAGAGAAGCCCUAUGCGUGUGAACAUUGCGACAAGCGCUUCGCCGCCUACGCCAACCUGGUCGUCCACCGGCGCAUCCACACCAAGGCGCGGCCCUACAACUGCCGCCACUGUAAGCGGACCUUCGAGCACAGCGGCAACCUGCAGCGACACGUCCGCGCACACGGCAUCGCCAACGGAGACGAGGUGGGUGACGACCCGUGCGGGGCCGAGGCCGAGCAGUGUCGGGCGACUGCAGCCGUGGAGGCGGCGGCGGCGGCGGCGGCGACCGCGGCCGGUCUGCGCUGCCGCCUCUGCCAGGCGGCCUACAGCGGGCCGGCCAGUCUGCUGGAGCACCGGUGUCCGAGACUGGUGCGCAGGCCGCGCAGGGGCGCUGCACAAGACACGGCCGAUGCGCAGCCGCUCAGCUUCACCGAGCUGUUCGAGUACAUCGGUCAGCUGCGGCGCCAGGCGACUGAGGAUCCGGCCGCCGUGCCGGCACCCGAGCCGCCCCUGGGUAACCCGCCGGCGACGCCGUGGCAGCCACAUCAGCAGCAGGUGCCGAACCAGCAGCCCGUCGAGACGAGGGAUCCUGACGAGCAGCUGCAGCUUCCCCAGAUCCCGCCCGAGCCCAGUCACGAGAAUGGUUUGGAGCUACCGGUGGCCGCGGCUGAGCUUCAGUCGCUUCAGCCGCUGGAACCAAGUCCCGAGGCGCCUGCUUCACCUCCGAAUGCACAGCAGGAACAGGAACAAGAGGAAGAGCAGUACAGACUGCACGUUCUGCAGCCCAGACCGCGCCUGACAGAACUUCAGCCAAUCAGCAUUCGACGCGACCAGGCGACAUCGCAAGACGAACUCCAAAAGCAGCCAGAACUACAAAAAGAUCAACAGAGUGAAGAAUUGCGGGAUCAGUCUCGUCAGAGUCUUCCGAAUGGUGAGCCUUUACCUCAGCAGCGUCCGCUGGCAGACACUCGGCCAUCACUGCCAUCCUCUGAGGACCAGAGGCACCUCCACAUGCAGUACUACCAUCACCAACAUUAUCUUCAGCACAUUCACCAGCACCAUCAUCAUCAGCAGCAGCUGCUAGUACCGGAGCAGCACUACCAGCCUCCGAUUCCGCCCCUUCCACCCGGGCCCAGCUUCCAGCCGCCAGCCGACCGGCGCGAAGGCUUUCUGCCUCCCGCGUUGAACCGCACUCCGACUGCAGUUCCAUCGCCGACAUCCCCGCCGGUCAGCGCGCAGGGCGUCCACCGCCAGUCGCCAGGCGCGGCUCCGCAGUCUGCUCCCGCCGCCACGUCUCCACUAGCUUCGUCUCCCGCGACCGCAUCUCCGGAGCGGACCGCGACUUCGGUAGGCACGUCACCGCCGCCGCCACCUGCGACAUCGGCUCCGCUACAGCGCUCCUUCUCCACACAGACAGAGCCACUCCGACCACCGUCCGAAAGUCGUGUCUCCUCAGACGAAGCGAUGUCGACGGAGUUGCGGAUUUCGUCCGGGAGCAGCUCUCCACCGCAGCGACGACCUUCCUCUCAGGGACGCCCUCUGUCCAACGAGGGGCGCCCUGCAUCCAGACCACGACCUCCCUCCACAUCUGAGGGAUGCCCCUCAUCCGGAGGACGCUCCCCAUCUGAAAGGCGCCCGUCAGGGGGCCGAAAUCAAAUUUGGGAGGACCUACUGGCGGCUCGGUCUCCACCCAGUGAUCGCACCGUUCACCACCAUCGUCCCUCCGUGUCAGUGCACGCUGCGGCCCAUCAGCGUCCUAGCUCCUCCCUGAGUCGACCCUCUUCCGGAGAGGACUCCUCAUCCACGGACCGUUCCCAGACCACGGCCGACACACCGCGCUCGACCCCUAACUCUACCGUCAUCUCGAGCGCUUUUCUGGCGGCUCGCGACCGUCUCCGCUCCGCCGUCCACCGUCAGCCUCCCGCAGAUCUUCCAGCGGCUGGCGGCGUCCUCCAGCAGCAGAGAGCAGCCCUCCUUCAGAGCGCCGCUGCCUACCCGACCUCACUCGCCGGCUUGUCGCCGCAGCAGCAGCAGCGGUACGCGGCGCACGCGGCGGGACUGGGAGUCCCGCCAUACUACCCCGACUCGGUGAGGAACGGAGCCCUCAUGGCGUACGGCCACGGCAUCCCGCAGAGAAUGGUGAACGGUUUCUUCGCGGCGCUGUAUCAGGGCGGAGCGGCGCCCGACGCCCGAGUCGCGCAGGAUGACGAGCUGGUCAUCACCGUGAAGCCGGCGAGGUCGGAAGCAGCCAGCGCCUUGAAGUCGGCCGUCUCCCCGGCGGGACGCGGCAGGGAGGCCGGGGCGGCCGCCGUGGAGGCACCGGACGUAACCAUCACUCGAGAGACCCAGCCGCCGCCGCCGGCGCCGCACAAGUCGCCCUCACGCGCCGCUGUUCCUCGCGGACGGUCGCGCGCCCCGACGGCGGCAGGUGCGGAUGUUCCGGUCUCUGCUGUGCGCCGGCCUCUUUCCGUUACCGCUCCGCAGGCCUCCGCCGCCGCCCCGCCGCCGCAGGUGCUCAGCCCGCCGGCCAAGCGGCGCCGCGCGUGUCCGGGGCUCGUGCCGCUGAGCGUCGCCCCGCCGACGGCGCCGACGGGCGAGGGUCGGAGGGUGUCAGUCGGUGCGCCGCCGUCGGCCGGGCAGUGGCCGCCAGUCUGGGGCGCCGCACAGGGCCGGAGGGCUCCCGGCGCGAGGUGAGCCCGCAGCGUCACCCGCCACGGAGAGCCCUGUGUUAUCGGCGCAUGGAACGUGGGACUCGGUGCCGUCUGUUGUGUGUUAUGCAGUCGUUCGACCGCGCGGUGAUAUAGAUUGACGGUAGGUGUGUAGUGUGAUCUGGGGCGGUGUCUGAAUAGUCUCUGGUUGUCGGGUGAUGGACUUCAUUGACAGAGCCAUGGGUACCGGAGGCAAUGGACCGGAGCACAGUCUGUGUACAUAAGCUGGUCAGAAAGGGCGGUGUGUGGGUAUGCCUCCUGAGUUCAACAGGAAAAUUUAUGACCCGUAUGCAAGUCACGUCGAAACAUUCGCUACGGUAGUGUCGAUUUCUGAUUAUGCCUUCAAUAGGUGUACUGUCGUUGGUGCUAUCAAAAUUAAUAAUUUUAACAAAAUCGCCAUUUUUCACGGAAAUACGCGAUUUUGGUGGGCAUUUUGAACAUGUGGCAUAACCUAUACAUGUGGCAAGUUUGUCACAUCCACUUUUAUAUAUUGCGAUACGUGUAAUGCCCUAAAGAACGUUAGCGCUUCGUAGUUGAUUUGCGAUGAUUUUUAUUUGAUUUUAACGCAUGAAUUGUUCUUGUAGUAGGUAUUGAGUUAGUGAAAACGUGAUGCGCUCACUUUUGUGAUGUUAGGACGUUUGUUGUUCUUAAGUUAAUGGAUAGAUCACCGCUUGCUUAUGCCUAUCAUGGAACUUUGAGGAGCACUUUAUGCAUAUUUGAGCUAUCUGCACGCAAGUGCGACAACAUGCUGCCAAAACGCCUGUAAAGCGCACGCCUGUUUUUGUUAGUGUAAUAUAUUCCU